AUGAAGCGGCUUUUAUUAUUUCUAUGGGCAAUUUUCACGGCAUUUUUCGUCUCCGAAGCCACUGCAGCUAGUGGUUCUGUUGAAUUAGAUGAGUAUUCCUUUGAUAAAGUAAUUAAUAAGUUUGAAGCCGCGUUAGUGAAAUUUGAUGUUGCAUUCCCAUAUGGCGAUAAGCAUGAUGCCUUCGUGGCGAUUGCAAAGGACUCUAAAGACGUUCAAGAGUUGUUAGUAGCUGAAGUUGGAGUGAAAGAUUAUGGCGAAAAGGAUAAUGAAGUACUUGCUAAGAAGUAUGGAGCAACAAAAGAUAACUUCCCAUUAGUAAAGCUAUUUGUUAAAGGUAAAAGUGAGCCUAUUCAAUUUGAUGACUCAAAAGGUUUUACAAGUGAUGAGCUGCGUCGAUUUGUUCGGGAAAAAACUGGUUUAUACUUAAGUCUACCAGGCUGCAUUAAGGAUCUCGAUAAACUUGCUGCUAAAUUUAUGAAAGCAGUAAAAGACGAGAGGAAACCUAUUUUAAAAGAAGCAGAAGAUAUUUUAAAGAAAGUUUCUGAAAAGGAUUCCAUUUCUGGAAAAAUUUACAAAACAAUUAUGGAGAAGAUUUUAGAAAAAGGUGAUGAAUUUACUAAAUCUGAAUAUGACAGAGUAAAGAAAUUGCUAAGUGGAAAAAUAUCAGAUGAAAAGAAGAAGGAAUUGGGUGUAAGGCUUAAUAUUUUACAAUCAUUUCAACUGUUUGGGAAAACACAAAAUAUAAAGGAAGAUCUGUGA